AAGCGAUUAUUAGCCAUGGGGUGGAUAACUCGACUCACCUUCGUACUUUUCUUCACCUGCACGCAGAUUUACUCUGCUUUAGGAGCUUCAGCUGACGUAUGGGGAAAUCCUGGAACGGCAGAAGGUCUCCUUCAGGCAUUUACUCAACAACUGCAAAUGUCUGGGGCAUUUUCGUAUGACCAAAUGGACGACAUAUCAUCCAUCAGCGAUACCAUUAUGGACGCCAUCGAGAGAAGUGCUCGUUCGAAUAAAAGCUCCAAAUCCAAGCUACAAGCUCUGAACAUGGCUUUCGCCUCUUCAGUAGCAGAAAUAGCCGCCUCUGGAGAAGGAGGACAACCGCUGUCAGUCAAAACUGGAGCAAUAAUGGAUGCAUUGGCAAGUGCAUUUAUGCAGACCACAGGCAUGGUAGAUCAAGUAUUCUUAAAUGAAAUGAAUGAAUUGAUAACCAUGUUUACUCAAGUCAGCGCAAACGAAAUCUCCAGUUCAGGUGCUGCCGCUUCUGCUGCCGCCGCUUCCGCCGCUGGGGCAGGAGGCUAUGGAGGUAGAGGAUAUGGUGGUGGAUACGGAGCUAGUGGUGCUGGAGCUGCUGCCGCAUCUGCUGCCGCAGCAGGAGCUGGUGCAGGACCACAAAGACAACGCCAAGGAGCUGCUGCUGCUUCUGCUGCUGCCGCCGCUGGCGCUCAAGGUUACGGAGAUAGAGGUGGAUACGGAGAAAGUUCUAGUGCUGCUGGAGCUGCUGCUGCUGCUGGGGCAGGAUCUGGUGCUGGACCACAAGACAAGACCAAGGGCUGCUGCCGCUGCUGCUCUGCUGCAGGAGGUUAUGGAGGUAGAGGAUACGGUGGUGGAUACGGAGGUCGUGGAGCUGGAGCUGGUGCCGCAUCUGCUGCUGCUGCAGGAGCUGGUGCAGGACAACAAGGACAAGACCAAGGAGCGUCUGCCGCUGCCGCCGCCGCUGCUGCUGCCGCCGCUGCUGCCCAAGGUUAUGGAGGUAGAGGUGGUUACGGACAAGGUGCUGGUGCUGCGGGCGCUGCUGCUGCUGCUGCUGGAGCAGGAGCUGGUGCAGGGCAACAAAGACAAGACCAGGGAGCUGCUGCCGCCGCCGCUGCUGCCGCCGCUGCCGCUGCUGCCCAAGGUUAUGGAGGAUACGGACGUGGUGCUGGUGCUGCGGGCGCUGCUGCUGCUGCUGCUGGAGCAGGAGCUGGUGCAGGACAACAAGAUCAAGACCAACAAGCUGCUGCCGCCGCCGCCGCUGCUGCUGCCGCUGCUGCAGGAGGUUAUGGAGGUAGAGGUGGUUACGGACAAGGUGCUGGUGCUGCGGGCGCUGCUGCUGCUGCUGCUGGAGCAGGAGCUGGUGCAGGGCAACAAAGACAAGACCAGGGAGCUGCUGCCGCCGCUGCUGCCGCUGCCGCUGCUGCCCAAGGUUAUGGAGGUAGAGGAGGAUACGGACGUGGUGCUGGUGCUGCGGGCGCUGCUGCUGCUGCUGCUGGAGCAGGAGCUGGUGCAGGACAACAAGAUCAAGACCAACAAGCUGCUGCCGCCGCCGCCGCUGCUGCUGCCGCUGCUGCAGGAGGUUAUGGAGGUAGAGGAUACGGUGGUGGAUACGGAGGUCGUGGAGCUGGAGCUGGUGCCGCAUCUGCUGCUGCUGCAGGAGCUGGUGCAGGACAACAAGGACAAGACCAAGGAGCUUCUGCCGCUGCCCGCCGCCGCCGCUGCUGCUGCCGCCGCUGCUGCCCAAGGUUAUGGAGGUAGAGGUGGUUACGGACAAGGUGCUGGUGCUGCGGGCGCUGCUGCUGCUGCUGCUGGAGCAGGAGCUGGUGCAGGGCAACAAAGACAAGACCAGG